AUGGAAUCAGAAAGAUCUAAUAGCAUAGCUUCGCAGACCCCAUUGACCAAUGAAGAAGAUUUUUUUGAGUCUGAUUAUAGAAGUAUCACUAAUCACGAGAAUCAAAUCAUCAUACCAACCAAUUCUCAAGCCGAAUCUGUCACCUGUUCUUGGUGUAAAGAACCUGAUCCAUUAUUCGAAACUAAUGGAAAUAACUUGGAACCAGUCGCGAGAUUGUCCUGUCUUCAUAGCUUCCAUCUUAG